GGGAAACGAUAAAAACAGGUCUGCUUAUAGAGCAGUUUAAAUCACGAAAUUCUGGGGUACAUGCAUUCAUGGCUGAUCUGAGAGUAGAAAUGUCGUCUGAGAAAGAGAGGAUUAAAAAGGACAAGGCGAAAUCAGCCAGUGAGGAGGGGGCGGGUGUCAGCUAUGGGGCAGUACUGACCCUCCUGGCGGGGACUGCGGUGUUAGCCGCGGCCGUGUACUACCCUAACUCUGUGAUUGUCGGGGAGCUCCGUACUCUGGUAGAGAAGAUAGAAAAUCAAACUAAGCCCACAGAGCAUCCGACUCCCCGGGACUGCUACGAUAUCAGGGCACAGAAUCCGAAUUCUACAUCAGGAUUGUACACGGUGUACCCUGGGGCCAUCAGGAGGGGACUGGACGUGUUGUGUGACAUGGACGUAGACGAGGGAGGGUGGCUGGUCAUACAGAAGAGGUCGGACGGGUCCCUGGACUUUUUCCGGGACUGGACAGAGUACCAGUUUGGGUUUAGCAAUCAGCUCCGAGAACUCUGGCUAGGUAACGAGUAUCUACAUUUGUUGACGAGCCAGUCUAUGUAUGAGUUAAGGGUGGAUAUGACAGACUUCGAAGGAGAGAGUCGCUUUGCGAAGUACAAACUUUUCCAGGUGGGGAGUCGGGAUACAAAGUUCCGGUUGACAGUCGGCGGAUAUUCCGGGACAGCGGGUGAUUCGUUGUCCCCACACAAUGGGAUGCUGUUCUCAACCAAGGACGUGGACAACGACCAGGCCAGUGGUCAGUGCGCGGCCUCAUUCAAAGGGGGGUUCUGGUACAGCAACUGUCACACGGCCAACCCCAACGGACAGUACCUCAAGGGGGAACACGAAAGCAUGGCGGACGGUGUCAACUGGAAAACAUGGCGCGGCUACAAAUACUCAAUACAGACCAUUACCAUGAUGAUUAAACCAUUGUAGUUCAU